GUUUCGUCCAGCUGCCCUCUGAUUGGUCCAUUUUGAUGACCAGAAAAUAAAAGAUUGAUGCUCCUCUUCAUUAGCUUGCGGUUGAGUUUUUAAGCGUCAUUUCCUCUGUGAUAUUAAUAUUUGCACUAAGCAGAGGGACCAAGCAGCAGCCAAAAUGUCCAGCAAGAGAGCCAAGGGGAAGAACACCAAGAAGCGCCCCCAGAGGGCCACGUCCAACGUCUUCGCCAUGUUCGAUCAGUCCCAGAUCCAGGAGUUCAAGGAGGCGUUCAACAUGAUCGACCAGAACAGGGAUGGCUUCAUCGACAAAGAAGACCUCCACGACAUGCUUGCCUCAUUAGGUAAGAACCCCACGGACGAGUACCUGGAGGCCAUGAUGAAUGAAGCUCCAGGCCCCAUCAACUUCACCAUGUUCCUGACCAUGUUUGGGGAGAAGCUGAACGGCACCGACCCGGAGGAUGUGAUCCGCAACGCUUUUGCCUGCUUUGAUGAGGAGGGUACAGGUCUGAUCCAGGAGGAGUUCCUCAGGGAGCUGCUCACCACCAUGGGCGACAGGUUCACAGACGAAGACGUGGACGAGCUCUUCCGCGAGGCGCCCAUCGACAAGAAGGGCAACUUCAACUACGUCGCUUUCACACGCAUUCUCAAACACGGCGCCAAGGACAAGGACGAUUAGAGGCUCGCCGCUCGUGGAAACGUGGCGGCGUUCUUGGUGUUUGGUUUAGUCUGUAUCUGCUGUACUCUGUGGGAGCUCGUGGAAAAGCCUCGCUGUGGUUUUACCUGCUGAAGGUGUUUUGUUGAAGCUGCUUGCUGGACCUUCGGGUCCUCCACCAAUCCUACUUUAAAGCUCAUUUGCACAUUUGUGGGGGGGUCUGGAGAGCCUGUUGGGGGAACCACACCAGACGUCUUCAGAACUUUCACAAUAAAAUGUUCUGAAAAUA